GUUCGGGUCAGUCAUCCAAAGCCGGUCCCAGUCUCUGUUAGUCCUUGACGAGGUGUGUUCCGGCGUGGUUGUGUUGACGUCGGUGUGUGUGGUGCUGCUCUUGUUGGACUUCGCGCGCGCGUGUGUGAGGGAGUGUGUCGCGGUGAUUCAGAAGUUUUGUACGAUUUUUCUUCUCCGUGUUGUGACUCGUGCGAGAAGUUUUGACGCAUUUUUUUUCCGGUAUAUUUGAGUGUUGUGUCAACGAUGGAUUUUGUGCUUGAUGAGCACCAGCAGGCGAGGCCCCGCAUGCAGCGCUGUUGGCCGGGGCGGCAAGGCGAGGCUGUGAGUGUCGCCGCCGCUGCGACGCCCGCCGCGAGCACCCAGUGACUCGGGCGCCACUCCAAGCACUCAGGGCGUGCGUGCCAACAACCCAUUGACUUGAUGCCCGCCGCUGUUAUUUCCAGUCGGUGUUACGAGGUACUCAAGGACUAAGAGGGGCGGCGGGUCUUGUGGCGUGAGUGAGCGUGAGCGUGAUGGUGAGCGUGGUGAGCAGCGUGCUGAGCCAGACGUUGUGGCGGGUGCUGGGCGGCGACCCCCACCACCCGUGGCUCGGGGGGCGCCGGUCCCCCCUGUCCGUCACUCACAAUGGCCGGCAGCAGCAGCCGCAGCGCCACGCCCUCGCUUGCUGCGGCGGCGGGCACGUGAGCGAGGCGGGGGUGUGCUGCGAGGCGGGUGAGCCCGGCGCAUGGGUGCUGCUGGACCCACUGACUCCCGCCGCCGCCCCCGCCCCCUCCCUCGCGGAGCUGUGCGCCCCCGCCUGCCGGGCCGAGGCCCAGCAGGAGGAGUGUGGGCGCCCCUCCCCCGACAUAGCACCACAAGGCCAACCCGCCCCAGCCCUCACUCCCGCCGAGCCACGGGUGUCGCCGCCGCAGAGUCAUGAGGCAGCAAGUGGAGACGAAGAGUUCUGCUGCGUGGCGACUCAGCCUUGCGUCACACCCGCGGGGGAGGAACACCCCCCUGGCGUGACCCAGCAUGACCAAGAAGCCGCGGUGGCGGGCAGCGCUGCUGCAGCUGGCAGCAGCGCGGGCAGCGGCAGGGCAAGGUGGUGGCGGCGGCGGAGGCGUCAGUUUGUUGAGCGCCGCCGCCCUGAGCAGCUCUCGUGUGCUCCUUCCCGUCACUGUCCGUCUUGCCACGCUGCACACACCAUGGACUGCCCCUCGGGUACCUCUGCGCCGCCCCUCCGUGCCGCCCCGCCGCCCUCCUGCCCCCCACAAAGGGGUCCGGCGAGCCCCGCCGCGCCAUACAACGAAGACAUAAGAGACUUUGACAUCUACAAAAUCAUCCGCAAGGGCGAGGAGGGGCAGUACCCCCGCCUGCCCGCCCUGCCCACACAGUCCGACUCCGACACUGACGACAGCACCGCCGGCACCCACGAGGCGCUCAGACGAAGGAAGAGGAGGAACCCCGAGCGGAGGGUGGCCGGCAGGAAGAAAUUGCACCGGGAGGAGGAAGAGAACACACGUGUGGAGGCGGACAUGGCCACGCGGCUCCUCGCACCACCACUGCACCGCGGCACCACCACCACACACCCCGCCACGCCCCCGCGCCCCACCACCCUGCCCCCCUGCCCGUCCCCAGCGACCCUGGGACACUGCCGGGUGGGCGGCUCGUGGGACGAAGGCGUUGGGAGCGACCGAAGCGACGAGGAAGACGAAGACGAGGACGACGAUGAAACUUCCACCGUCGUGCCUGACGACUUCGCCAACGACACAGACUCUGACAUCGAAGUCUUGAUCCAGUCCGCCUGCUCCUCAGAGUCGUGGGUGGACCUGUCGAACCAGCCCGGCAGUCCAGACCGGGUGACGCCGCUGCCCUUCGGGAACGGCGAGGAGUACCUGAGGCUGCUGCGGGAGGCCCAGAGAGAGAGCAACCAGUCCUCAGCACGUGUCUCCCUCGCCUCCUCCCGCCGUGACACCCCCAGGGACUCACCCCAUGACUCGCCCAAGUCCCCGCCCAACAGCCCCAACACAGAGAUGGCCACUGACCCCGAGGAGGCCUCCGUUCUCCGGGGCGUCUAUAUCAACUACUACAACAAGCAGGAGGGAGACUUCAUUCGUGUUGAGAAAAAUACAGAGACUGACUGGAUCUGGGAUUGGAGCAGCCGGCCCGACCAGACUCCUCCCAAGGAAUGGCGGUUUAGUCAUCCUCGCAAGGGAGUGAGCCGCGGCGCUAGCAUCCGCCGUGUCAUGGUGGGCAACUCCUCCCUCUUCUCUCGGGACGUCCUCUACACCCUCCUCAUUACCAACGUCCUCUCCCUCAUCAUUGGCACAGGCAUUGGGAUCUGGUUGGUGAAGCGGUCAGGUAGUGAAGGCAUCACUACUCUACCCCUCAACUGAUCGUUACAAGUGACGCUCAUCAGCUCAUCGUACUGGGUUUUGGGCCUCAACAACCAUUAAUUAGCCCAUACUUAGAUUAGCCACGUGAUCAGCCUCUCUCUUCAUCACAAGGGGCUGAUAGUGUUACCUGACAUUCUUUUUUGUUACUUACAAAGGCUGCAAGUUUUAUACACUCAUAGAUUUUGGCCAGAAUGAUUCAUUGACUGAAUUACAGUUUUCCUCCUUCAUUAAAUAAAUUUACUCUUAGGACUAGAAGUUCAGUGUUAGCUAGAGGCUGAAGGAUAUCCCCAGAUAUACAUCAUGACUGCUGACUCGCUUUUCCUGGUCAUGUGAUGAGACAGUGGUAAUAUUUCUGCCCACAAUAUUUACCAGAAUAUCUUGGUGAACCAUUUGGUAAAAGAAAGUUGUAGAAAACAGUGUUUUGUUGAAAGUAUGAUAGAUCAGUUCCUUGUUGAUCAAGUGGAGUUUCACUGUUGACAGUUUUAGUGUUGUCUGUCAGUCCUAGGGUCAACUUCCCUAACACUCAGAUAUUGAAAUUAAUUGAUGAUGUUCUUUUGUACUUAUGCUGGAAAGAGAACAUAAGAUUGAAAAGCAAACAAAAUUAGUGCCAGGUGAGCUGGGGCAGUUAUCUAGUCACGAAAUGGAAUUGAAUAAGUGUGCUUCAUUGUUUGCACCUGCAGUUACUCUGCUGUAUAUCUCACUUAGGAAAAUGUGUUAAGUGAUGUGUUCAGUAGACUUUUGUUGCUGUUGCCACCAUGUCACCCAUCAAAACCAGCACAACAGUCUGUUAGAUGAGAAGCAUUUCUGUUAUGAAGAUGCAUAGCUCUGGAUUCAUGUAAUUACCUAUGUCAUAUUACCUGUAUCACAGUGACUGAUUUUGGUGGGAUAUGUUCAAACAGUCUGACCAAGUCUCAAGGACACAUCUCAUAUGUCUUUCAUAUAUUAUUUUUGAAACACUUCAGUGACCUUCAGUUUUUGCUUACUAUUAACAUUUCAUAUUUGCCUUUGAGGCUAAGGAGCAAGAACUGAUAAAGUUUCUGACGUGGAUGAAGGCCAGGAAGUGAUGGAUCCUCUCAUACCAUGCUCCUGGAGUGGAGCAAAGUUACAUAUACAUUUGUUACUUUAUAUAUUAUUUGGAAUGUAGUGAAAGCCAUAUAAAAGCAAGGGUCAUGUCAGCCCAGCAAGUGUGUUCAGUUAUAAUUUUGCACUCACACAAACAAACACAGGGUGGCAACACGGCUGCUGACCCAGAGCUCGUGUGGUGGUGAUGGUGGUGGUGGUUGCCCCUGCGAGCCGCACACCACCAUUGUCACAUGUCACUCACUAGAUGGGGAAACUUCUGAGAUAUUUUUUUUGUUAUGUUUUAUCAUGUAUCUUACCAGGAGGCUAUAAUAGCUUUCUUAUCUAUGUCCUCAACUUUCUGUGUGUAUGAGGAGUUUAAACUAACUAGGUAAGGUAGUGGACUGUCAGGAGCGGGGUGCACAGUGUUGCCACAUCAGCCGUUGCCACUGUCCCCUGCUGCCUGGACCAUGCGUAGCCAGUGGAAUCUGUUUACAUUGGGACACAAGUCUUUGUGUCACUUGGGAUAGACUGUGAGGAUAUAGAACUUUGUAUUCAAUGAAACAAACUUCUAUUACUGUAACUGAUUGUCUUUCCAAAUCCCUGAUCAGAACCAGAUCCAUCUUGCUCUUGCUGUCAUUUUUUAAAGUGCUUUCUUUUUUAUUCUCUGUGAUAUAAACUAUUCUAAAACAAAAAAAAAACUUUGCAUAUUUACACUGGAAGUUGGCUGCAUGUCUGUAUUAUCUCAAGUCUGUCUGUAUGAGUGAGUUAUAUUAUUGGGGCCUCCUGUCUUCUCCAACACUGCUUGGUUAGUGCUCUCGCAGCACACUAAUUGUUUAUUUAUUUAUUUUUAAUUGGAAUGGACUCAGUGCCUGUCCCCAGGAACCGACCUACUAAGGCAGAGUUGGACAAGACAGCAACCAGCUUUCUAGUUUUGUAUUGCCGUCAGGAAAACCAAAUACAUAUACUGAAAAAUUUAA